AUGCUGCAGGGAAUCCCAUCACCCCCUUCAAGUCCCCCCCUCGCCGCCAGCAACACUCUGCGGAGUAAGGCGCGCAGAGGGGGGGCAGCAUACACCAUCACGGUCGAGUGUGAGAGGCUCUUCUGCGAGACACUGCGCUCUGUUUUCCUGGGUGAGGGGAAUCAGCGUCGUCAGGACUCGCUAGUGGUGGGUGUGCUUAACAACGCACACGCACACGCGCAAUCCGACUACGGCACGCCCGGCUCGGUGCAGGACGUCGCGACCGUCUCUGGUAACAAGAGCCAGGUCACAGACUGCAUCGAGAUGUGGGACUAUGUCGGCGGGAUACGCUUCCGUGGAUUCGUCGCGGAGACGCAAGACGAGAAGUCGAUGUUUGUCUUCUUCGAUCAGGCUGUCAUACAGUCUUCGGGGGAUCUCAAGGCCGGCCUCAUGGCCCUCCUUGAACUGUGCGAACUCGACUACUUUGCCUGCGACCGCCUCGUCGUAGCCAUCGACCGCGCCGCCGAUUCGACAUCUCUGAUGAAGGAUCUAGGCUGGAUCGGCUUCGGGCUCGCGACGCUAGACAAAUUCGUGCCUGACGACGACGUCGAGGCCGAGGUUACUAGUCAGCAAUGGUUGUUCAUGGAGAUGGAGACAUGA